AUGCCAAACACUAAGCCUGUCACCAACGGCGGGCCUGUCACACCAAGCAAGCCGAAAAACGCUCAACAUAGCGGAGGCCCAAACCCUGAAUUAGAGACACCUCGCAAGAUCCGCUACGACCUCGACAACAUCUUAGAGCAAUUGAACUCGACAUGGAGUCUGGAUCUCCCCCGGAUUCGGGGCACAGCAGCUUCUCAGAUGGAGUCGACGAGUGCCUUGGCAAAGAGAUGCUCGGCCAGGCUGAGAUAUCUGUGCUUCAGAUUGGAGAACCUGGACACAUGGAUCAAAGACUUCGAAGAGCGCGCAAGAAUCAUCCACAGCGGUUGGGUCUUCAAGCCGAGAGGAGAUCGCAAUCUGAUAGUCCCACGAAAUGUUAGCGAGCCGAAUUUGAAACGUGCAGCUGCGAAAGGCAAGAUGCCCCAGUUGGCCGAGGAGCAAGUGCAGCAACUUCUGCAAUGCCUUGAUGCCGUACUGCAAGACCCGUACGACUUGGCAAGAGAUACCGACAGUUUCAACAGUACAAGUGGGGCGACUGCUUCUAGCUCGAUAGCACCUCCUGCAUUUCUGUCCGGUCCCAACGUCAAACGAACCAAACCCAACGUCACCGCCACUCCGCGCAUCUCAGCAGAACCCGAGGACAUCAAGAUUUCGAAGAUGCCAAACAAGCGAACAUCAUCCUACGAUGACUCUCACGAGAUCAACAGCAAGAAAGCGAAAAUUCCCGCAACCUCGCCUGGUAACAUCAGGCAGUUCUUGAUACCUGUGGACAAAACCACGUUUAGCCGUCAUCAGCCUCAGCCCGAGCUCGUCACUAGCUUUGAUUCUGCUCCGGGAUCGACAGACGAGAUCUUUUCCCAAGGCGAUGACGAUUCGAGAGCGGUCAGCUCAAAUGCUACCACAGUGCUAGAUGAGUUUCCGGACACUCAAGACGCCCAUGACUUACUGCAAGACCCUGGGCUGCUACGGUCACUGGAAGACCUCGGUCGUUCAGACAGACUCGGUCCUCGAAGAACGCUGAGCGAGAGGCUCGAUGAUACAUUCAAGCCUCUACCCACCUCACUGCCGCCGAAUCUUGACUUUGACUUCAAGUACGAGCUUCACAGCCUGUCGCUCGAUCUCAACAUUCGCAUAGAGACACUGUUGACACAAAUACAAAAAGAAUGCGGCAAACGUUUUCCUUCACCUGCCGAACGAUACAGAGUGUACAAAACGCUCGCCAGGGGCACCCGCAUCGAGCGCUUCUCUGAGAGAUCCUGGAACCCCUCCCUUGCACACCCAGACAGUGCCAGACACCAUUAUGCGAUGUAUCUUUCUACGACUCUGACGGUGGAUCCGAGCGCAAAUGACCGAGCGAGUCCAUACAGGGUAAAACUCAACGCACCUAUCGUCGACAAAUCUUGUCGACUGUACCGCAAGUUCGACAAUCGCACGUUAAUGAUUCUCAAUUUGCCUGUCGUGCAAAAGGGCGAGUUGUCGAAAGAUCUCCCUUACGAUGAGGUGUACGACGAGGUCGUGAGAUGGCUAUCGAAACCCCUCCACAUCGCCGGACUCGAGUGGCGUGCAUUUUUCAUCGAUGAUCAAGUGCGCGUGCGCAAAGACGAUGUUCGUUUUCGACAAGUCCACUUGUUCGCUGUGAACGGCGACCAACCUACUGUAUCGCUACGAGACUUCAUGGACUGGCAUAUUCCUUGGACCGAGAACGUGCAGAGCACGGACUUGAAGCUCUUUGCUCGUUUCAAACUUGCUCUUUCCAAAACCACUCCAACAGUGGUAAUCGAACAAGAAGAUUUCAUCGAAGUCCCCGAUAAGCAAAAUCCAGGCGGUCAGGUCAUGGACGACGGAGCGGGACUGAUGUCAUUCAGUCUGGCCAAAGCAGUCAGCGCGUGCGCCGGCCUAUUUGAAAUUCCCAGCGUUUUCCAGGGCCGCGUUUCCGGUGCCAAAGGUGUGUGGAUAGUCGUCCCAGACUAUGUCAAACAAUGCCGCUCUAAGCGAGGCUUCUGGAUAACGGUAUCGCCCUCGCAACUCAAGAUCAAACCGCAUCCGCGCCAUCGUGUAUGUGAUCCAGAACACCGAACCUUCGAAAUCAGUGCCUUUUCCAAGACCCUUCGACCUGCAUCGCUCAACACGCAACUCAUCACAGUCCUUCACAACCAGGGCGUCACCAAGGAGGUGCUUGAAGCCCGACUCAAGGAGCAUUCUCAAGAGUACUAUACGUCGCUCAGGCAGGCUGUGGAUGAUUCCAAUGGACCAGCCAUACGAGCAUGGCUACAGCGCUACCACCCUCCUGUCCGAAAUGGUGAGAUCACCAUGACUGGAUCAGUCCCCUCGCAAAAGACAGACAAGCAAAGCAUGCUGCUAGAUGCAGGUUUCCUCCCCAAGGACUGCAACAUCAUGCACGACUUACUCCGGCUGAGCUUGAAGGAUAGGCUGAGCGAGAUGACGGAGAAGAUCAAUCCGGAGAUACCUGAGUCCACGACACCAUUCAUAAUUCCGGACCCGUAUGAUGUGCUCGACGAAGGCACAGCGAUGUUGUGUCUUCCAGAAGGAGGCUUUACAGAUCCCAGGACCGGAAUGCCGUUUUCUCAUGUCGAUGGGCGACAUGCCUUGGUGGCGCGCAAUCCCGCUUACUGGCCCUCUGACAUGCAGAAGAUCAAACUCGUUUACAAUCUCCAGCUCGCAUGUUUCAAAAACGUCCUAAUAUUUUCGACCAAAGGCUUGCGACCACUCGCAGACCUGCUCUCUGGAGGCGAUUACGAUGGCGACAAAGCAUUCAUCACUUGGGAUCGAGAGAUUGUUGAUCAGUUCAAGAACUAUGAUGGUCCCGCACCAGACGCAGUACGGCCGGAAGACUGUUAUGUGAAGCAGGAAUCGCGUCCAUUGUCCGAGAUCUUCCAAAGCAACCCACGAGGUGGGCCAUCGCUAACUGAAGUUGAGAAGUAUUUGGAUAAGUGCAUUUGCUUCAAUUUAAGCACGUCGCCACUAGGCAUGGUUUCAAAUGAGCAUGCGAAGCUCGUCUACUCGCUGUCUUUGAAGGGGGACGGCAAGCGAGCACUCAACAAUGAUGGUGCCAUCAAGCUUGGUGCCUUGGCAGGCUUUCUUGUUGACGCAUUUAAACAGGGAUACAGACUGCCCAUAGACGACUUCUACGCAUUACGGCGCCUGGUCUGCGGCUUCAGAAGACUGAAUGAUCCAGCCUACACAAAGAAGAUAGACUUUACAGGAUAUAACGAGAAGAAUAUCAACGACUAUCUGAAGUUCAAGGUCGCCAAACAAGAGAUGGAUAACACCUUGACGCACUGGUCGAAUCACUACUCACGCUCCGGCCGCCUUGACGAAGCUCUCAAACGAAAAGUCACUGAGUUCAAAGCGAUGGCCACUGAAGACGCUUCUGGCGUGACCCAACGGAUCAGCGCGCAACUCGAACUCGACAUCAGGUAUAUAACGGGCAGGUGGGCACGGCUAGUGAACGACGAUAACCUGGAUCCCCGCACUUUCUCCCUAGAAGUCAGCCAACUACACCGAGAGUUCCUUCAGAUUGAGCCACUCCAGGUGCCAGGCCAAGAGGACGCCUACAGAUACCGCUUCUUUGCAGAGGCCCAACGCCUCGGUCAGCCUGUGUGGCCCGCGAUUCGCGCUUGCUACCUCUAUUGCGCGACACACAAGGCAUUCCGUUCUCUGGCGUGGAAUAUGGCAGCGGAUCAAUUGUGCGAGAUCAAAGCGAAGAGUCUGGGAUCGGUGACCACGGUAACGAUGCGUAUGUGGGCGACCCUGAAGGUGGACAAGCGCAUUGCCUCUACUACGGUGACGUGGGGCGAUAUUGGAUAUCAUGAUAUCGAGGAUGAGGAGGAAGACGAGACGCAAUACUUUGAUGCGGAGUCGGAGUUGCCGGCCAAUAACAGCUUGAUCGAGUGGCUGAACUUUUGA